AGAAUCAUUAUUUUUAGCGGGCUUCAUAGUGGUUCUGCUGAAAUAACGAAUUCUCUUAGAGAAUUGUUAUUUUUAGCGGACUCCUAUAGUAGUUUCGCCAAAAUAAUGAAUUCUCUUAGAGAAUCAUUAUUUUUAGCGGGUUCCCAUAGUGUGGUGAUAUCAAAUUCCCAUAGUGAGUCUGCCAAAAUAACGAAUUAUCUUAGAGAAUCGUUACUUUUAACCAGUUCUCAUAGCGGGUCUGCUAAAAUUACGAUUUCUCUUAGAGAAUCAUCAAAUUUG